GAUAAAAGAACUGCAUGAGUAAGCUCCUUGUUCUUUGUGCUCCUAACAUCAUCCACAUAGAGAUAAACAACUGAAGCUGAAAUUGGUAACAAUUUCGGAAUUUUCUCUGAAAAAGGAUCAAGAAAAUGGUGGAACAGAGGAAGCCUCUCGUUCUCUCUUCCACCAAACACCUCAUCAAUUCCUUGUUGAGCUCUUCCCCAAGCAACGACCCUGCAACCGCCACCGCCACUACCAUUCCCCUCUUCCAAUUACCUGUGGGGAUUCUCCGAUUCUCCGACCACCCGAAUCACCAUCCCCAACUACCUUCUCUUGACGAUUCUGCCCUUGUUGGCCUCUCCACUUUACUUCUUAAGAGGCUCUCUGUCACUUCUGGUUCACUGGUUCUGGUGAAGAAUGCUGAGAUGGGUGUGCAGAGGGUUGCUGUGGCCAUUGCUCUUGAUCCUCCAGGAACUACUACUACACUUGAGCCUGAUUCUGAUUUGAAUUUAUCAUCAUCUUCUUCUCAUCCUGCCAGAGUAAUGCUUGUGUUUCCUUCUUGUGAUUUCCCUGCUAGUGGGGCCGUGUUGUUUGAUCAUGAAGUUGCUUAUUUGUCUCCACUUUUAGCAUUUAAUCUAAAUUUGCACAUGUCAUGCUUAAAAUCCAUUCUACAACAUGGGGAGGACACUUUAGCUUCUUAUUUCAAGCCCCAAUUUUGUAAUGAGGAUGCUGCAAAAAGCAGUGAGGAUUAUGUUAUCAAUGUUGAGUUGGCACCUUUUGCCCAAGCUCUUAGGUUUGCAUCACAUUUGAGGGUUUCUUUUGUGAAGAUGCCAGAAUGUGGCAUCCUUGAAUCUAUCAGAGAAAGUUCACCUAUUGAAUCUAAAGAACGGCAAGACAUGAUUGACUUAGCAUUACAAAAGUACUUCGAAGUCGAUAGAUAUUUGUCAAGAGGAGAUGUUUUUGGGAUUAACAUAAACUGGAAAUGCAAUUCAACUAUUUGCAUUCCGUGCAACCAAAAAUCAGAUAAGAAAAAUGACAGUAACCUUAUCUACUUCAAGGUCAUUGCUAUGGAACCAUCAGAUGAACCGUUCCUUCGAGUCAAUAAAACCUCAACUGCUCUGGUCCUAGGAGGGAGUUCACCAUCCGCCCUUCCUCCAGAUUUGUUAAUUGCUGGACCAGAAGGACCUGUGCCGUUGCAAGGAGACACAGUAAAGAUAUUGGGUUCAAUACUUACACCAACUUUCUGUCCAUCGGCCCUUUCUUCGAAAUUUAGAAUUUCAGUUCUAUUGUAUGGCUUGGCAGGUUGUGGGAAGAGAACUGUAGUUAGAUAUGUUGCUCGUCGACUGGGCUUGCAUGUGGUGGAAUAUAACUGUCAUGAUCUGAUGGCGUCUGAAAGAAAAUCUAUUGCUUUGGCUCAAGCUUUCAAGACAGCUCAAAGAUACUCACCAGCAAUACUUCUUCUACGGCAUUUUGAUGUUUUUCGAGAUUCACCUUCUCCCGAUGGUUCACUAAAUGAUCAAAGAGGCAAUACAUCUGAAGUAGCAUCUGUUAUCAGGAGAUUCACUGAACCAAUUAGUGAACAUGAUAGCAACUCCAGGGGAAAAUCAAAUGGUGAAUUUGUUGAGAAGAAUGUUGAGAAAACAAGCGUGCAUCAAAUCCUCUUGAUUGCUGCUGCUGACAGCUCAGAAGGUCUACCUCCAACUAUCAGACGCUGCUUUAGCCAUGAAAUAAGUAUGGGACCUUUGACUGAAGAGCAAAGGACUGAAAUGUUAUCCCACUCACUUCAAAGUGUUUCUGGACUCCUCUCUGAUCCUGAUUUGGAGGGUUUUGUAAAAGAAAUAGUUGGUCAAACAUCUGGUUUUAUGCCUAGGGAUAUGUGUGCUCUAAUUGCUGAUGCUGGUGCCAACUUAUUUCCCAGGAACGAUACUGAAAUGGACAAGCAUAGGUUUGAGGAUAUAGAUGCUUCUUCUAGUUCCAAAAUGACACAGGAGAAGGAGAAAGUUUCACCUCAAAUUCCUAGGAAGGAAGAUUUAAUGAAUGCUUUAGAACGAUCAAAGAAAAGAAAUGCAUCAGCAUUGGGAACUCCAAAAGUUCCCAAUGUGAAAUGGGAAGAUGUCGGUGGGCUUGAAGAAGUCAAAAAAUCAAUCCUAGAUACUGUUCAGUUGCCCCUCCUGCAUAAAGAUCUUUUUGCAUCUGGAUUACGCAAGAGAUCCGGCGUUCUUCUGUACGGUCCUCCUGGAACUGGCAAAACAUUAUUAGCAAAAGCUGUUGCUACUGAAUGUUCCUUAAAUUUUCUUAGUGUAAAAGGUCCUGAACUGAUAAACAUGUACAUCGGAGAGUCUGAGAAGAAUGUUAGAGACAUUUUCCAGAAGGCCAGAUCAGCACGUCCAUGUGUUAUCUUCUUCGAUGAGCUUGAUUCUCUCGCCCCAGCUCGGGGUGCUUCUGGAGAUUCUGGGGGCGUUAUGGACAGGGUGGUUUCUCAGAUGCUAGCCGAGAUCGAUGGCUUAAGUGAUUCGACGCAGGAUCUGUUUAUUAUUGGUGCAAGUAAUAGACCGGAUUUGAUAGAUCCGGCACUUCUACGGCCCGGUAGAUUUGAUAAGCUUCUAUAUGUUGGAGUUAACUCCGAUGCGUCUUAUAGGGAGCGGGUCUUGAAAGCACUAACUCGAAAGUUCAAGUUGCAUGAAGAUGUCUCACUGUACUCUAUAGCGAAAAAAUGCCCGCCGAACUUCACCGGAGCUGACAUGUAUGCAUUGUGUGCAGACGCCUGGUUCCAUGCCGCGAAGCGCAAGGUUUCGAGCACAAAUCCGGAGUCUUCCAGCCAAGAUAGUGAAGCAGAUUCUGUAGUUGUUGAAUACAGUGAUUUUGUCCAGGUCUUAGUAGAGCUGUCUCCUUCCCUCUCCAUGGCUGAGCUCCAGAAGUAUGAGAAACUUAGAGAUCAGUUUGAGGGCACCUCUAAAUAAUUUCUCUUCUUACAUUCUUGUUUUUUCAUGCAAAUUAUAAGCUGUUUUUGGCGACAGUUGAAAAGUGUUAUUAAAUUAAAGUAAUAAAUUUUCAAUAUAUGAAAACACUUUAAUUUAAAAAAUAAAAGUAAAAAGUGUUGUAAAAAUAUAAAAAAGAUAUAAUUUUAAUUUUAAUAAUAUUUUUGAAGAGUCGACAAAGUUGUAUUAGUGCUCUAGUCACAAUAGACUAGACUGCAACUAUUUCUAUAAGAAAUGUAUAUAUUACAUACCUGAUAGGCACAGGUCUUAUAUUUGGCUACCAACUACAUAAGCUCAUUGCCACGUUUAGAUGAUGAACAACUCAUUGUAAACAUGUUUCCGUGAAUUAUCGUCAUUAUUUUAUUCCUUUUCUUUAU